CAUACCGUACGGUUACUAAAACAUCUAAGUUAGGGUUUAAUAUAGACCUUUUCAGCGGGCUUAAGGCUUAGAAAAUAAACAUCAAAUUAUCAAGCGACAUCCACAGUAGAAGUGUAAAACUAUUAUUAUGAAACGAGGUGCUUUAAUAGUUAUUGAAGGUAUCGAUAGAACAGGGAAGUCGACACAAGGGAAAAUAUUAGUUGAAAGCUUGAAAAAGCACAACAUUGAAGCUGAAUACAGAAAUUUUCCUGCCCGUGAGACAGAAAUUGGAAAAGUCAUAAAUAAUUAUCUAUCUUCAAAGAAUGAAUUAUCAGAUGAAGCUAUCCAUCUACUAUUUUCUGCGAACCGCUGGGAGCGAGCCCAAAAUAUAAUAAAAACUUUAGAAGGUGGCACAACAAUAGUGCUUGAUAGAUAUUGUUACUCAGGUGUAGCCUUUUCAGCAGCAAAAGGUUUAGAUCUGAACUGGUGCAAGUCUCCAGAUGCUGGUUUGCCACAGCCAGACAAAGUUUUCUUUCUAACCAUGCCUCUUGAAGCAGUUUUGAAAAGGAAUGGUUUUGGGAACGAAAGAUAUGAAGUGGUAGAUUUCCAAAAGAAAGUGUGGAAUAUUUAUUCUAAAUUGAUAGAACCGAAUUGGGACGUCCUGGAUGCUAACAGAACAAUGGACGCAAUUCAAACAGAUAUUCUAAGCAAAUCAUUGGAGAUCAUAAAGGAGGCUGAAAAUAGCCCCAUAAAAAAAAUAUGGAUUGAAUCGUAACAUUCAUUUAAUUUCUUACC